AUGAUCUUGGGGGCAUUCUGGUGCCAGGUUUGGUCUGGAGCUUCGGAUGCGUCACGGACGGCGAGGGCCGAGGUGUUUUGGAUCCAUUUUUCCGGACAGAGUUUAGGCUUGAAGGAGGACUUCCAACUUCUUGGAGAUGAGCCCUUGUCACGCACGCCUCGUGGGUCCAGUGGGUUUCCCGAUGAAGGGAGUGUCUUUGACUACUUUCCUGGUGCUGGCAACAAGUGGGAACUGUGGAGCAAAAAGAUCGGAUCCUUUGAGAUUCCGAAGGAUGCAGAGGCUCACUCCCUGAUCAUACCGACAUCGGACACUGUAAGGAACGCUUUCUUGUUACAGAUGUUGGUGCGAGCAGAGUUCCACGUGCUCUUUGCAGGACCUACAGGGACUGGCAAGACUGUUGUCGUCCAACAGCAGCUCUUAAAGGGCUUCGACAAAGAGAAAUACAGCGCUUUUGCAUUUGCCUUCAGCGCCCAGUCAAGUGCAAAUCAGACGCAGGAUGUUAUUGAUGGAAAGCUGGACAAGCGGAAGAAAGGUUGUUACGGCCCACCUUUUGGAAAGCGUUGCCUCAUCUUCGUUGACGACCUCAACAUGCCAGCCAAGGAGAAGUACGGUGCCCAACCGCCCAUUGAGCUCUUGAGGCAAUGGAUGGACACAAGUGGCUGGUACGAGCGGAAGACCUGCGAGUUCCGUCAGUUGGUGGAUCUCAACUUCAUUGCAGCCAUGACUCCAAGCGCUGGUCGGCCACAAAUCACUGGCCGCUACCAGAGGCACUACAACUACUUCUACCUGCUCGCAUUUCAGGGUGAAAGCCUUCAACGCAUUUUUCAAACCAUUAUGCAGUGGUUUCUGGGCAAGUUCCCUGGUCAGGUCAGUGGUUUGAGUGGGACCGUGGUUCGAGCGACAGUCGAUGUGUACAACACAAUUUCGGAGAACAUGCUGCCAACUCCAGCAAAGUCACACUACACAUUCAACUUGCGGGACCUCGCCAAGGUCAAUCAAGGCAUCUGCCUUUGCAGCAAAGAAUCGCUUCCCACUGCGGAUGACUUCAUCAAGUGCUGGGCCCAUGAAUGUCAACGAGUCUUCCAGGAUCGUCUGGCAAGUGAAGAAGAUCAUGCCUGGUUCGUACACCUUCUGCAAGAGAAGAUGCAGGAACACUUCAAAAAGCAAUGGAAAGCCAUCAUCAAGCAGGAGCCAAUUAUUUUUGUUGAUUUUGCAGACAGCAAAGCUUUGUACUAUCAGCAAGUUACAAAUCUGGAGCAGCUUGAUGAUGUGCUGAAGAACCGGCUGAUGGAUUACAACUCAAUGGCAAAGCGGGGAAUGGAAUUGGUGCUUUUUACGUCAGCAGCGCAGCAUAUUUGCCGCAUGGUUCGUGUCCUGAAAACGCCCAUGGGCAAUGCCUUGCUGGUGGGUGUUGGAGGUAGUGGCCGCAAGAGUCUGGCAACUUUGGCUACCUUUGUGGCGGAGUACGACCACUUCAGCAUUGAAAUCACCAAAAACUACCAAGUCACCGACUGGCAUGAUGAUAUCAAGCGCCUCCUGAUGUCUGUUGGUGGCGGUAGUCAAGAGGCACCAGUGCAGACAACAUUCCUCCUCGCUGACACCCAGAUCCCCAAGGAGUCAUUUCUGGAAGACACCUCCAGCUUGCUGAACAAUGGUGAAGUUCCCAAUCUCUUCAAUGCGGAAGACAAGACUGCGAUCAUGGAGGGCUGUGGUGCUGCAGCCCAAGCAGCAGGCUGCAAUGGUCAAGCUGAGACUCUGGCCUUUUUCACUGAGCAGUGCCGCAAGAACCUUCACCUGAUCCUGGCGCUUUCUCCCAUUGGAGAGGCCUUCCGACGACGAGUGCGGAUGUUUCCUGCUAUCGUCAACUGCUGCACCAUCGACUGGUUCAUGGAGUGGCCCCAGGAAGCUUUGCGCAGUGUGGCGCAACACUUCUUGCAGAAGGUGGACCUCAAAGAUGGAGUCUUUGCAGGAGUUGUGGAGAUUUGCGUCCAGAUGCAGGAGUCGGUAUUUGUACUCGCGAAUCGAUUCCGCUCAGAGGUCCAGCGCCACUACUAUGUCACUCCUACGUCAUACUUGGAGCUGAUCAACUCUUUCAAGGACGUGUUGGCCUCAAAGCGCGACGAGGUCUCAAGUGCAAAGCGACGGUACGAUGAUGGCUUGGAGAAGGUGAUCUCCACCGAGGAGCAGGUGAAGACUAUGUCCAUACAGCUUGAAGAGCUCCGACCGGUUCUGAAGCAGACUUCGGCAGAGACUGCCGAGCUGAUGACUGUAAUUGAGCACAAGCAGGAAGAGGCUUCAGCGACGCAGGCGAGCGUGGCCAAGGAGGAAGAAGCAGCUUCGCAACAGGCAGAAGCUUCUCGCACCAUGAAGGAAGAAUGCCAAGCUGACCUGGACAAGGCUUUGCCUGCUUUGAAUGCAGCUCUUGAUGCUUUGAAGAGCUUGAAGAAAGGUGACAUUGUGGAGGUGAAAAACAUGAAAUCUCCACCCGAAGGAGUCAUUACGGUGUCCAAGGCACUCUGUUGGAUGUUUGACGUGAAACCCAAGAAGGUCACCGCAGAGGAUGGCAGAACGAAGAUUGACGACUAUUGGGAGCCAUCAAAGAAGAGCCUUUGGGGGGAUUCGAAGAUGCUGGACAGAUUGCUUGGAUAUGACAAGGAUCACAUUCCAGUCGAAGUGAUUGAGAAGCUGAAGCCCCUUGAGGAUGAUCCAGAGUUUGACCCAGAGGUCAUCAAAAAAGCAUCUACAGCUGCCAUGGGGAUCUGCAAGUGGGUCAGGGCAAUGAUCGUGUACGAUGGUGUUGCCAAAGUCGUUGGGCCAAAAAAGGAGGCUCUUGCAGGAGCUCAGGAGGAGCUGGCCAAGGUCAUGGGCGUCCUUGAUGAGAAGAAACGGGAGUUGAAAGCAGUGCAGGACAACGUGGCGCAGCUCCUGGCAGACUUCGAAGCUGCACGGAAGAAGAAAGAUGACCUGGCUGUGCAGGUGGAGGACUGCAGCAAACGACUGGUCCGUGCCGAAAAACUCAUCAGUGGCCUUGGAGGUGAGAAAUCUCGGUGGAUGGAAUCCUCCAAAAGUUUGGGAGAACAACACACCAAUCUUACCGGAGAUGUUCUCAUUGGCUCAGGAAUCAUCGCUUACUUGGGCACCUUCACUGGUCGCUACCGAGUGGACACAGUCAAAAGUUGGGUGCAGCUCAUGAAGGACAAUCAACUUCCAUCUGCGCAAGAGUUCUCCUUGCGUACAGUGCUUGGUGACGAGGUUCAGAUUCGACAGUGGGUGAUAGACAAGCUCCCAAACGAUCAGGUGUCUGUCGAGAAUGCGAUCAUCAUCCAGAGGUCGAGGAGAUGGCCGUUGAUGAUUGACCCGCAGCUACAGGCCAAUCAGUGGAUCCGAAAGGCAUGCACAGGAAGAGGAGAACAACUUCGCAUCCUUCGUUUGACUCAGAACUAUGCUCGCGAGCUCGAAGGUGCAAUUGCCUACGGCAAGCCGGCAUUGUUAGAAAAUGUGUUGGAGCAGCUUGACCCACUGCUCGAGCCGCUCCUACAGAAGGCGAUCUUCAAAGCUGGCAGUGUGAUGAUGAUCCGGCUGGGUGACUCGCCAUGCGAGUACAACAAGGACUUCCGCUUCUACAUCACCACGAAGCUGCCAAAUCCACACUACUCACCUGAGGUUUGUGUGCAGGUCACUCUGUUGAACUUCAUGGCAACACCCGAUGGACUUCAAGAUCAGAUGCUUGGCAUCCUCGUGGCUAAAGAGGAGCCAGAAGUGGAACGGAAGCGGCAAAAUCUGAUCAUGGAAAGUGCACAAAGCAAAGCUCAGCUGAAAGAAAUCGAGGAUCGCAUUUUGCAGCUGCUCUCAGACUCAAAGGGCAACAUUUUGGAUGACGAGGAGCUCAUCAAUACUCUCGCCACCUCAAAGACAGCCUCUCUCAGAAUUGAAGAGCGUGUUGCAGAACAGGAAAAGACGCAGGCUCAAGUGCAAGAGACUCGUGCAACUUAUGUGCCGGUGGCUGUUCGCGCUAGCGCCCUUUUCUUUGUGAUCGCAGACCUCUGCAAUGUGGAGCCGAUGUACCAGUACAGCCUUGAAUGGUUCUACACCAUCUAUGAAAACGCGAUUGUAUCCGCAGAGAAGUUCGAGCGCAACAUCCAGAAACGCUUGGGAGCAUUGCAGAGCAAAUUCUUGGAGCUGCUUUUCGAACAGACAUGUCAUUCACUGUUUGAGAAGGACAAAUUGAUGCUGUCCUUACUGCUGGCCUUCAAGUCCAUGGAGGUAGAUGAUGACAUCAAUUUGGAGGAGAAGCGUUUGCUUCUCAUGGCACUAGGGGGUGGCACGGCCCAGACAGCCAAACCUUCUGCAGAGUGGCUGACCGAAAAGAUGUGGAGCAGGAUUUGCGUCUUGGACAAAUUGGGCAAAGGCCCAUGGUACAAAUUUGCGAAUUCCUUCAAGGAUAACAUUGAUAGAUGGCGGGUGGUUUUCGACUCUGACAAUCCGUUGGCUGAGCAUUGGCCCGGCAAGGAGCAAAUGUCUACCCUACAGAGAGCCUUGGUGCUUCUGGCAGUUCGCACUGAUUGCACAAUAGCUGGAUUGCAAGAGGUGAUCGCUGCGAAUCUGGGCAAGAGCUUCUUAGAGCCACCAGGGUUCAACCUGGAAAAGGCCUUUCACAGCGCGGGUUCUAACUGCAAGCCGCUCAUCUUUGUGUUGUCCUCUGGUGCUGACCCCAUGGUUGAAGUGAUACGCUUGGCGCAAAAGAUGGCAAUGAACGAUCACUACAUCACGGUCUCCCUGGGUCAAGGACAAGGUCCAAAGGCCGAAAAGGCAAUCAAGGAAGGCGCAGAACAAGGAUUGUGGGUCAUCCUGCAAAAUUGCCACUUGGCACCCUCUUGGAUGCCUACCUUGGAGGUGAUGGUGGAAGAGCUCCCGGACAAGGGAGUGCAAGACCAGUUUCGCCUGUGGCUGACAGCAAUGCCUUCACCGGACUUUCCAAUCUCAGUGCUGCAAAAUGGAAUGAAGAUGACCAUAGAACCUCCCAAAGGCUUGAAGUCGAACCUACUUCGAGCAUUCAACUCCAUUGAUCCCGACUGGUUUGCUGAAGCCUGCACGAAGAAUACGGAGUGCAAGCACACCUUCAGGAAGAUGCUCUUUGGGCUGUGCUUUUUCCAUGCGUCGAUUCAGGAACGUUGCACAUAUGGCCCUCUGGGUUGGAACAUUCCGUACCAAUUCUCUGAGCCAGACAGACAGAUUUGUAUGAUGCAGCUCAGGAUGUUUCUGGAAGAAAACGAUGCGGUUCCAUAUGCAGCAUUGAGAUACACUGCUGCAGAGGCAAACUAUGGCGGACGAGUGACAGACGUACACGAUAGGCGAUGCAUCAAUUUCCUUCUCUCGGACUUCUACUGCCCAGAGAUUUUAAAGGACGAUUACAAGUUCUCGCCUUCUGGAGUGUACUUUGCACCGACGUACGGGACGACCUUGGAUCCAUACCUUGAGUACAUCCGCAACCUGCCGAUCAAUCAGAUGCCUGAGGCUUUUGGGCUUCAUGCCAACGCAAAUUUGGUGGCAGCGAUUAGCGAGACCAUGCGAUUGCUGGGUACCGCUGCCUCGCUCCAACCAAAGACGGGAGGAGGCGGCGGUGGAGCCUCACAAGAGGAUAUCAUUACAGAGGCGGCCUCCAAGUACUUGGAAGAUGUGAAGCCUCCAUUCGACACAGAGGCUGCCAAUGUUAUGUAUCCUGUGGACUACAACGAAUCGAUGAACACAGUGCUGAAUCAAGAACUACUUCGCUUCAACAAGCUCAUUGUCAAGGUUAGAAGCACUCUUACAGAUGUGCGCAAAGCGGUGAAAGGACUUGUGGUGAUGAGCCCGGAACUUGAAGAGGUAGCAGAUGGCAUCCUCACGGACAGGACACCAUCGGUCUGGAAGGAAGUGUCCUAUCCGUCAUUGAAGCCGCUGGUAUCUUACGUCGCAGACCUGUGUGCUCGAGUCAGCUUCUUCCAAACCUGGCUCCAUGAAGGCACCCCUGAGUCCUACUGGCUCUCAGGAUUUUACUUCACUCAAUCAUUCCUCACCGGUCAAUUGCAGAACUAUGCUCGCAAGCUUAAACUGCCCAUUGAUACGCUCAUUUGGGUUUUCAAGGUGCUCAAGGCUUCUGCUGAGCUUGCCAGACCUGCAACCGGCUGCCUUGCUUAUGGUGUCUUCAUGGACGGAGCACGUUGGGAUGAUGCGGAGGGUGUCAUUGCUGAAAGCCUCCCAAAAGUCUUAUUCAGCGCCACAGCUGCAUUGCGGCCGUGUUGGACAGAACACGUAGUUCUCGGUAAAUCUUCCAUAAAUCCUCCAUAA